AUGAGCCUGCGCGCGCUCCUCCGGCCCCGCGCGGCGGCGGCGGCCCUCGCGGCCCUCGCGGCGAGCCGGCGCUGGCUGGGCGCGAGCGCGCGCAACCGCGCGUUCGCCAAGGAGCUCUUUCUGGGCAAGAUCGAGCAGAAAGCCGUUUUCCCAUUUCCAGAAGUUAGCCAAGAUGAACUUAAUGAAAUAAAUCAAUUUGUGGGACCUGUGGAAAAAUUCUUCAAUGAGGAGGUGGACUCUCGAAAAAUUGACCGUGAGGGGAAAAUCCCAGAUGAUACUUUAGAGAAAUUGAGGCAACUGGGACUCUUUGGGAUACAAGUUCCAGAAGAAUUUGGCGGCCUGGGGCUCUCCAACACCAUGUACGCUCGGCUAGGGGAGAUCAUUAGCUUGGAUGGAUCCAUCACUGUGACCCUAGCAGCACACCAGGCUAUCGGCCUAAAGGGGAUCAUCUUGGUGGGCAAUGAGGAGCAGAAGACCAAGUACCUGCCCAGACUGGCAUCCGGGGAACACAUUGCAGCCUUCUGCCUCACAGAGCCAGCCAGUGGGAGUGAUGCUGCCUCUAUCCGGACCAGAGCCACCCUGAGUGAAGAUAAGAAGCACUACAUCCUCAAUGGCACCAAGGUCUGGAUCACCAAUGGAGGACUAGCCACCAUUUUUACUGUGUUUGCAAAGACGGAGGUGAUUGGUUCUGAUGGCUCAGUGACAGACAAAAUCACAGCUUUCAUAGUAGAGAGAGAUUUUGGUGGAAUCACUAAUGGAAAACCUGAAGAUAAAUUAGGCAUUCGGGGAUCCAACACUUGCGAAGUCCACUUUGAAAACACCAGGGUGCCUGUGGAGAAUGUCCUUGGAGAAGUUGGGGGUGGGUUUAAGGUGGCCAUGAACAUCCUCAACAGUGGGCGGUUCAGCAUGGGCAGUGCUGUGGCUGGGAUGCUCAAGAGAUUGAUUGAAUGGACCGCUGAAUAUGCCUGCACGCGGAAGCAGUUCAACAGGAAUCUCAGUGAAUUUGGGCUCAUCCAGGAAAAGUUUGCACUGAUGGCUCAGAAGGCUUACGUGAUGGAAAGCAUGUCCUACCUCACCGCUGGGAUGAUGGACCAGCCAGGGUUUCCAGACUGCUCCAUUGAGGCGGCCAUGGUGAAGGUAUUCAGCUCUGAGGGUGCCUGGCAGUGUGUGAGUGAGGCGCUGCAGAUCCUUGGGGGAUCUGGCUACAUGAAGGAUUACCCCUAUGAACGCCUGCUGCGUGACGCCCGCAUUCUCCUCAUCUUUGAGGGAACCAAUGAGAUUCUUCGAGUGUUCAUCGCUUUGACAGGCCUGCAGCACGCCGGUUGCAUCCUGACUGCAAGGGUCAAGGAGCUUAAACGAGGCAAUGUGACAGUAAUCAUGGAGACCAUUGGCCAGAAGCUUCGGAACUCUCUGGGCCGAUCUGUGGACCUGGGACUAACAGGCAAUCUUGGAGUUGUACACCCAAGUCUGGGGGAAAGUGCCAACAAGCUCGAGGAGAAUGUGUAUUAUUUUGGCAAGACUGUUGAAACCUUGCUACUCCGCUUUGGGAAGACCAUUGUGGAGGAGCAGCUGGUACUGAAGCGGGUGGCCAACAUCCUCAUCAACCUGUAUGGCAUGACGGCGGUGCUGUCACGGGCCAGUCGCUCCAUCCGCACUGGACUCCGGAACCAUGACCACGAGGUUCUGUUGGCCAACAUGUUCUGCGUGGAAGCUUACUUCCAGAAUCUCUUCAGCCUGUCUCAGCUGGACAAGUAUUCUCCAGAAAACAUGGAUGAACAGAUUAAGAAAGUGUCCCAGCAGAUCCUUGAGAAGCGAGCCUACUUGUGUGCCCACCCUCUGGACAGAACAUCAUGAAACAGUCCGUGUCCCUACACCAGAUGUCCUAGGCCCAAACUGAUGUGGGACUGCCUCCUCACAAGAUGGAGACCUUGAGGCCCCACCUAAGGCUUCUCCUGCCCGGAGGGAGUCUCAGAUUUGACCCUGCCAGCGUCUGUCUGCUGAGUACGGCUUCUGAACGGAUGUGAAGAGAAAGGAGUCAUGCAUUACUGGCACUGAGUGCGCACUGAGGGUUCUGCAGGUGCCAUGGUGGAAACUGGGGUGUAUGCUGCCACCUCCUGCUUGGAGCCUGGAAAGCUGCUUCUACUAGACUCCAUAUUCCAGAAACAGCUAAAUGUGUGCAUACCACUCAUGGGAACUAGGAAUAAAAUAUACCUACUACCUGUGUCAGGAACCAUUCAGUUAAC